AUGGGCGGCGGCGGCGGGGGCGGCGGCAGUACCAUCGGCGGCGGCACCCUGGGCGGUGGCAGCAUUUUAGGCGGCCACGCCGGCACAGCGAUGAGCGGCAGCACGGUCGGCAUGGGCGCUCCUCCCGGCACCCUGAUGCACGGAGCCAACGGCGGAAAUCCCGGUGGCAAUGUCUACGGCAAUGGCAAUGGCGGUGUGGGUGUAGGUGGCGGCGGUGGUCAGAACACCGCCCCAGGUUCGGUUAUCGAUCAGCGAGCUGUCUCCGUAGUGGUUACCCUACCGGGCGGACCGGGUGCCCAGCAUCCGGGGCAGGCGCUGAGCGACUACGGUCCCAUAUAGUUAAUGGUACGCCCGGACACCGCGCACUGGGUCUCGACGAGCAGCUUCAGUCAGCUGUAGCCGCUCUCCUUCCUCGCCAAAGAAGAAUCAGACGAAGAAUCGCUAGAAUCCCACGCCCGGCCUCUGCACUCUCACUCGCACUCUUAGGCUCUCACUCGCACACCUAUUUGUACACCCACUCUAUCUCUAGCAAAGGUUUGAAGCCAUGCCAUAUUAAUUCAUGUAGCCGUAGUUUUUUCAUUGAGUGGAAAAAGGUCCUGUUUCUGUUUGCCUACAUUUAAAUUUUCAAGAAAUAAUUCUCAAGAUUUUAAACAUUAGACUCUUCUGAAGAAUUCUAUAUAAUAGUGUGAGUAAAAACAGGACCUGAACAGCAUUAGAGAUUGUGGUAAAGAACCAUUCUGCAUACAAGAUUCUAGUCGAAAAACAAACCUUUGCCUUCAAAAAGCAGAUGAGCCAACGAGCAUAAGGUCGUGGCCAAAAAUGGGUUUAAAUUCCAAGUCCCAGAUAUAGAUACGCGAUCGAAUCCAGUUGAAGUGCGUUUGUUCCACCCGCCAUUAACUGCUUUACUAUCUACUUAUAUUUAUAAAGCACAUAUUUUUUUUUGUUGUUACUACUUUAUCCUUCCACAAAUACUUUCCUCCACGAAAUAGACUGAGAAAUGCAAAAACCAAUUAAGUAGCCGCCACGUAAACCACUCAAAAAACAAAAAAAAUACGAAAAAAUCAAAGUAUAGAGCGGAAUCUGCCCACACUGCCAAGUCAGAGCCACGAGCCAUAUUUCGAAAUUACAACUAACUUUUAAUCAAACUAACUACACUAUUAACCUUAACCUAAACGUAAACAUUAAAUAUUACAAAAUAAACAAAAAGAAAAAUCAAAUAAACACUUCGAAUGCCCGUAGAAAGUUAGUUGCGAUUUUAGGGUUAUCGCAUUAUCAAAGAACAGGCGGUCAGUGUUGCCAGAUACCAUUUGUAAAUUAUUUAAUCUAUCCUAAGGCAUUAUCAAAACACUAAUUUUUGUAAAUAUUUUCAAAACGCGCCUAGUUUGUAAACGACGACUUUAUUUGUUCAGAGAUGAGAUGAAGAACCCUGGAAACUAAAAUAGAAAUUUAAAUAUAGUAACUUGCAUUUCAGAAUCAAAGGCAACUCUGCAUUUAAGCUCAAAAAUUGAAUUUAAUUUUUUUAUAUAAAUAAAUCCCAAAAUCGAGAAACACUACCAAAAUUUCCUGCCCUUUUCCCCCAUAAAGUUAAAAUGAAGAAAUGAAAAUUGCCAACUUUAGCAGCCGAAGCAGGGCAUUUUUUUGCAUUUAUAAAAGAAGCAAAAAGAAAAAUUGUAUAAAGCUAAAACACUUAUAUAAGAGUAUUAAAUUAAAUGUAAUCUUAGUUUUAAACAAACGCAAAAACCAGAAAAAAAACAAACAAACAAAAACGGAAAACGAAAGCAAAACAAAAUAUCUAUCAAGCAUUAAAAACUAUUGUAUUUAAAUUUAAUAUUUAUAUUACAUGGUAAAAGCAACAAUUUAACUGUUAGCAUUUCAAACCAUUUCACAUACGAAACAAAACGAAAAAAAGGAUGAACUUUAUAUUAUAAAUUAUAUGAUAUAGCAACAACUAUGUGUGUAAUGUUUUUAGCAACUAUAACUAUUUCUAUAAACAAAACGAAAAAUAUGCGAAUGCUGUAAUAAAAACAAUAUACAAAAUA